AUAUUGACCUAUAUGUUUACAUUUAUGGAUAUGAGCUCCUCUCAAGAAUUAUUACACCGAUUUGCAAGAGUAUCCAACUAUGACCACUGGUCAUUCGAAGCAAUCCAAAAACAUAAGACAGCAUCAUGUAUGCCUCGAGCUGCAGUUCUGGUUUCUUUUAUCUUUAAAAGUGGGACGUGGAAGAUAUUAUUGACUAUUCGGUCGGCAAAAUUAAGAACAGAACCGAAUACAGUCUCCUUUCCUGGUGGGAUGGCUGAGGAAGGAGAAAGUGAAGUUGAAACAGCUCUGAGAGAAGCCAAUGAAGAGAUAGGGUUAGAACGACAUCAAAUAACAGUCAUUGGGAAUAUGCCACCAAUAAUAAAUAGAAGCGGAAAACUCGUGUGUCCAGUAGUUGGUUUAAUAACAGAUCAAAAUUUUGACCCAAAGCCAAAUGAAGAAGUCGAUAAAGUCUUUUAUCUUCCUGCUGAAAGGUUCUUGAGUUCCGUCGAUCACUCUAUAAAAUAUCCGGUCAUGUUGGGUAAUGUUGAUUACGCUGUGCACUUUUUCUACGACACGAUUGAUGCAUCUGAAGAGACAGUGACUACUUACGGCUUGACGGCUCAUUUAGCUAUCUGCGCAUCCAUAGUUGUUUGCAACAAACUACCCGAGUUCGAAAUACACCCUAAAUUCAAUUCCUUAUCGAUCAACGAUCCAUAUAUUUGGUUAAGAACAAUCGCGAAGAAUUUCAAUGACAUUAUAGGGCCACAGACAAAUGUAUCAAAAUUGUAA